AAGUUGAGUAAAAAUAUUAUUCUCCAUUGUUCUGUGAGCUAUCCUUGUGUGUGGAGAUACCAAGUUCCUUAGGAGUAGGUUUCGAUGGAGUCACUGUUAGAAUUGAAAGGAAUGCCGGCGGAGAAUGAAGAAGAGAAUUCGUCGUCUUACAGCCGCAAAUUGGUGCCCUGGUCAACUUGGAGCGAAUGGCUUUUCGUUAGUCACUCACUCUUCUCCGACUCUGUAGACUCCGUUGCCGCCGCUCUGAGCAGAAUAUCAACGUGGAGAAGCAGAGGAUGUCUUCCAAUUGUGGUUGAAGUUACAGCAUCAAUUAUCGAAAUCCAACAAAAAGAUCCCUACUUCAGAAAGAACCAAUCGGUGGAUGCUUCAGUUCGUGGUACAGAGGAACAAUUAAAUAAUGUUUCACUUUCAGAGGAAGCACUAGCCAUGUUAUAUUGUAUGGCCAUUAUGAGGCUUGUAAAUGGUGUUGUUGAGAAGACACGUAAGAAAACAGAGGUUUCAAUUGCUGUGGCAGCUGAUGCUAUUGGGUUACCUCGUAUGCUGAUUGAUAUUCGUCAUGAGGGCUCUCAUCGCGAACUUCCAUCUCUUCAGGUGGUUCGGUGUGCCUCAACCAAGGCGCUUUGUUGGUUGAAAUCUUAUUAUUGGGGACCUCAGGAGAAAGCUAUUCCAUUUCAAGGUGAUAUAAGCACUACCAUUAGAAAGGAAAUCAAAUCCAAACUUCGUCAUUUGGCUUUCAAUUUAAAAGUGAAGCAAAAUCCUCAACUUGAAUCUGCCCUGGUUAAGCCAAAACGUUUCAAGACAAAGACUGCCGAGACACUGAAGGUUCUUAUUCAGUUAUAUUCCACAUUCUCUUCAGAAUUUGUAUCUGUAUUGUUGGGACUCUUGUUAAAGGCAAUGACGUCAUCAGACUUGGCGUUUCCCAAAAAAUCCAAGAAAUCCAGCAGCCCUGUAUUGGAUGGUUGGAAGCUUACGAUUGCUAAGAUCUCAAAUAAGGAGCCAGAAUUGCUUUUAGAUCUGCUGCAGGCAGUUCUAGAGAAGAUCAGGACUCAAGAAGCCUUGGAAUAUGAAAGUCAGUACUCCAUGUCCUCAGCCCACAAAAUGGAUAGCUGUCAAGUAGCACAUCUGUCCUCUAUGUUUGCAUGGCUCGUUGACAAACUUAAGUGCAAAGAAGUUUUUUCUGGAAAACACACUCCGGAAGGUAUUCUUAUGGAGUUGCUACGUAAAUGCCUUGUGGUAUCAGCUCCUUGCAACAAGCGGCUUAUGGAUUCAGCCACUGAUCUUGCACACUUAUUGGAUAACAGUUCUCUAGUGAAGAAACUGAAGAAACUACCAUUUCUCAAUCAACCAGUUCCACAUUUACUGGACGAAGAAAAUCCGAACCAAACCACGUCUGAAAACAGUUUCAACCAGGCCGAGUCGCUCCGCGAAGCAAGUCGGAAACUCGAGAUCAUUAAACUCCACAAAAGAAAGAACAACUUGGCGACAAAUCCAGUAAAUGGUAAUGUUGGAAGUUCCAGCAGCAGAUGGACUGUGGUAAGUUCGUGGACUCCAUGUCCCAUUGGUAUGUUGCCUCGUUCGAUUGGCUGUUCGGGUCGGCUCCCUGUUCUUGACCUCGAUUCCGAGAACAAACCAGGUUCGGAAGAGCUGAGAAGCAAAGAGAACUGUGAAGUCACCAACUGUAGCCACAAGAGGGAAGGCAGUUCUGAUAUUCAGCAUCUUGAUAGCUGUACUGUCAAGAAAAUGAAGGAAACAGAUGAUGUUGAGUCAGCUGAAGAUGUUAAAGGGCGUUUGUUGAUAGGUGGGAUAUGGAAGAAAGUUGGGGAACAAGAAUUAUCUGCCAUUCAGUCUGCGGUCAGGAUAUUAAUUUAAAUUCUUUCACAGUUGCUGAGAUUUUUGCUGUCAAAACAAAAUCAUAGCUUGUAUAAAAUUUCAUCGAUAGGCCCAAAAAAAAUGAAAGAUGGGAGCUUUGUUGGACCACAAAGGCCCAUUUCGUGGAUCUAUUUCGGGCCAGCACCAAAUUUAGGCCCAAACUGGAGUCUAGAGAUGCACCAAUUGGGCCAGGCCCAAUUUCUUCCUCCAUGUCAUUUGCUGUUCAACCUAAUAGUAUUUCUAUUAUUAUGUGGA